AUGGACUACAGGAGCCCACCCCCUGGACUGAUGAGCACGGAUAAGUCUCUGGCGAAUGAGCUAAAUACAUUCUUCAUUCACUUCGAGGCUGCAUCUAGCAGCGCUAAUGCUAACCUCACUAGCACUAACAAUACAAAUGGUGCUAUCGGCACAACCAAUGGCAAAUGUGCAGAGCCCACCAUAGGCCAGCGGCCAUCACGGAGAAGUUCCGCUCUCUCAGUGCAGUUAGACAGGAAAAUCCAGGAGCAAGAGAAGAAGGUCCAGGAGCUGAAGCAGGCUGUAGACACUCUUAAGCGUUCUGCACAGGCAGCAGUGGAGGACAGUGAGAGGAUCUUUACUGAGCUGAUCUGCUCCAUUGAGAAAAAGCGCUGUGAGGUGAGAGAGCUGAUCAGAGAUCAGGAGAAGGCUCAACUGAGUCAAGCUGAAGGACUUCUGGAUCAAUUGGAGCAGGAGAUUGCUGAUCUUAAGAGGAGAGACUCUGAGCUGCAGCAGCUCUCCCACACAGAGGAUCACGUCCAAUUCCUUCAGAGUUUCCAGUCUCUCUGUGUCUCUUCUGGAUCUGAGGACUCUACAAGCAUCCCUGUCCAUCAACAUCUCUCAUUUGAUGGAGUGAAGAAAUCUCUCUCUGAUCUGAAAGAGCGACUAGAGGAAUUCUGCAAGGAGGAAUUCAACAAGAUCCCUCCACAAGAGCUGCAGCAGUUCAGGUUUUACCUUCAGAGCCAAAGACCAGAGAAGAUUUCCUGAAAUAUUUUUAUCAGUUGACUCUGGAUCCAAACAUAUCGUCACCUCACUCUGUCUGAGAUGAACAGAGUGGUGACAUGGAGUGAGAGAGUCCAGCCAUAC